AUGGAGCGGAUUCAGCAUAAAGUUCCCAGUGAACCAUUUUUGCUUCAGCUCUUUGAGCGUUGGCAGCAAUCACCAGAUGCUGUAGUGAUCAAGGAUGCUGCUGAAGGCACACAAGCAACUGGGAGUACUUUCCUACACGAUAUCUUAACACAAAAAGAUUACAUCUACAACCGCCUCAAUGAAGAUACGAAAAAGCGAUUGUCCAGUCCAGACGAAAAUGACAAUGUGUUUAUUGGACUGUUGGCAGCAGCCGGAUAUCACUACGCUGUCUUGUUCUUCGCCAUCUAUAGCCUGGGUGCUGUCGCAGUGCCUCUUCUACCACGGGUCCUCCCUGAAGAAGCCAAAUACUUCCUCAGCGUCUGCAACGCCUCUCUCCUCGCAUCCUCCCCAACAGCCACAGACCAUGCCCAGUCCAUAUCCACCGUAACCAGCACACCAACCUAUACCUACACCCCACCCACCACAUGCCAACCAGCCUUCACCCUCUCCUCCAACAGCGAAGAGUGCAACCCAGAAAGAGGCUUCGUCCUACUCUACACCUCCGGUACAACCGGCCCUCCCAAAGGUGUCCUCUACUCGCGUCGCAGCGCCGCGAUCGGCCUCCGCACAAAAGCCGAACAACUUGGCCUCACACCCAACGACCUAUGGCUGCAUCAAAUGCCUGCGCACUGGGGUGCUGGAUUCGACUUCUUCACUACCUGCGUGUACGCAGGAACGUGUGUCGAGUUCUGUAAUGCCGUGUAUACGCCCGACUGGUUUUGGGGACGGAUUAAGAAGGGCGAUGUUACGUGUAUGUUUGCGUCGCCGUCGGUGCUGGAUGGGUUACUGGAGAGUUUGGGGAAGGAGAGUGGGGAGGAGUAUGAGGCUGGGGUUAAGGGGUUAAGGGGGCUGAAAUUAUUAGCGUCUGGAGCGAUGAGGGUUUCGGAUAAGGCGAAGGUGGUUUGGAAAGAGUUGAGGGGAGAUCGGCCGUUGGUUGUACUUUAUUCAGCGACGGAGGUGGCGGGGUUGAUUUCGACGACGCAUUGGGAGGAUGGAGAGGAUGUACCAGUUGAUUGCUGUGGAACGCCUCCGUCGAAUUUGGAGGUGAAGCUAAGCGAGGAAGGGGAGAUAUGUAUCAGGGGGCCACAGAUUAUGAAGAGAUAUCUCUCAAGUGAUCCUAACGUGAUGAACAAUAUCUACGAUAGUGAAGGCUUCUAUAAAACCGGCGAUGUUGGACGCCUGGAAAAUAACCGCGUCUUUGUGCUUGGUCGAGCAUCACAUGAUGUCAUCCGCUUCCAAGGCUGGAAGAUUUACGCCCCUGAAAUUGAAGACGCCCUCCACAAACACCCUGAAGUACUUCAUGUCUUAGUCGUCGGCGUUCGAGACCCCAAAUUCGACCAGCUAGUCGCUGCUCUCCUGGUUGUCAAGGACGGCGUGGAUAUAAACUCAGAGCGUCUUAAAAUUACAAACCUCCGUCGCUGGCUUGCUCUAGAGCAGGGGGUCCCGAUAUACAAACUGCCUACUAUGCUACGAUGUGUCACUGGAAAUCCAGAUCCGCUUCCUCGGACGGGUUCAGGAAAACCGAUCAAGCCCAAGAUUCGGGAAAUUCUGUUUGCGGAUGCAGAGCGCGAGAAUGGCAAUGUGCAGGCGUGGAAUUUGGCAACUGAAGAACCGGAAAUUGGGAGGAGAGCUUGGGAUUGGGCGGGCGGUGCUGCUAGGUAA